GCAAGUUGUCACCAUGGUAACAAUUCGCCAUAUUGUUUUAUUUAUUUAUGUUCAUUUUUGUAGAAGAAGGCUAAAAUGCCUGCAACGGAUGAGCCUAUUUAUUGCUCGCAACAGAUCAAUAUUCCGCCGGAAUUACCUGAUAUCUUAAAGCAGUUUACCAAGGCAGCUAUCAGGACACAACCUAACGAUGUUUUAGAGUGGUCUGCUGCGUAAGUUGUCCGUCUUUUAUGAAAACAAGAUUGAAGAUUGUUCGACUGGGAAAAAAUGUCUUUAAUUUGUUGUGUAAAUAGUAAAAUAGAGAGCUUUAAGCCUGAUUCACCACUAGCAAUUCUGUUGGUAAUUUUUCUCCUCGUGGCAAAUGUGAUCAAAUGAAUGACGUGUAAAAAACUUCGAAUUGUUUACUUCUGAGUUCUGAAAAAGUAACUCAGUUCUGACAGUCUAUACUUUUGUGUGCUAGUUCACUCAUUUGCAUUUGCAACACAAAUCGCCGACAAAAUUUCUAGUGUGAACCAGGCUUACUGUAAACAAGUGAUGUUUUGGACAACACAGGCACCAACCGGAAGUCAAUCGAGUGAUGGGAACAGCCAUUCUUGUUCGAAAUCAAGAACCGCAGUCAAUGAUUUUAAACACCUGUCACCGCUUGCCAUGCAUAAUGGCUCGAUUUAUUUCUGGUUGGCAUGUGUGUUGUCAAAAAUCUCACUCGAAACAAAACAUUUGAUGAAACAUCCUGGGCGCAAUGUUAGUAGUUUAUUGGCUAACGUAAAGUUUACAUAAAAUUUCAGGUAUUUUGAAGCAUUGUCCAAAGGGGAACCUUUGCCAGUAAAAGAUCGUCUGGAGGUUCCUGUCGGCUCUGCUCUAGAAAGACCAGUGAGCAAGGGUUUUCUAGAAGUACUACACAAGCAGGUAUAUGCGCAUGCCCGUCUUAUUUUGUGCUCAAUGAAUGCCACAUUAUCAUGCACUGACAAAGUGGUUUCAUUUGUUAUUUUUAAUAUUACAGCUUGGUUCAAAGCCGAUAAUUGAACAAUCGUCACUGCAAGAGAAGUGGAAACAUUUAUCGUUACCAGAUGACAGAUUGUAUGAGAUCCUUAGGUAUACUGAAAUGGGUCAUUCCAGAAAACAUCCAUAUCCCCCGCGGAGGAAAUUGGAAGUUAACCCCCCUACCUACACUUACUAUUAUCAGAAACAAAUUUUUCUUCCCUCCCCCUCCAGAUGGCAGAAAUUUCCUCUGUGGGGGGGGGGGGUCUUUUAUGGAACAGCCUAAUAUUGAUUGUUAACUAGGGUUAAGACAUCAAUGAUAUCAUAUCACUAAUAUGUAUGAGGCUUUAUCAUAUAUUAUGAGGGUUUAUAUUAUAUGUAUUGUACAUAUUUAUUGAGUUUGUGUUUCAUAUUUUUUUAGACUGGGUAGUUUUGCAGAAGAAAUAACAUGGGUACAUUUCCUCUCACUUGCAGCAGUGACGAUAAGUGAGGUAUGAAAUCAUAUAGCCCAUGCUGUCCAGAGAAUGCCCCAUUAGAUUCAAUAUAUUAUUUCCAAGUAACCACAAAUUGAAAUUCUGAAAUUCUCUAGAACCUAACUGAGGCAAUGAAAACAGUCUGUGAAAUUCUUACAACAGACUUGGAAGGAGGGCCAUCAAGGAUCGACUUUAAAGUUUUCAAAGAAUUAUACACAUAUCUUGCCAUGAUUGAUGGAGAAAUACCAACAGAGCAUGUAAAUAAUGUCUUAGAACAUCUACAAUAUGAUGUGUAAGUUUUGCAAAAAAAAAGUUUCUAUUUUCAAGCUUGCUAGCUAGCUAGCUUGAAGCUUAUUUCAAGAUGUUUUUUUAUUAAUUAAUUGACUUUUAUGUAGGCUAGUUAAAUAGUUAGUCGUUAAGACUAGUAAUAGAUCCAGCUUGAUCAGCUAGAGCCAUGUUCAAGGGUAUGACUAUAUAGGUAUAGAUAUAAGGAUACAUUAUGACAGGGAAGCCUACAGAAAUGUUCUGAGAGAGGAAUCCCUAGACAAGGUUCAAUUCUGAGCUGGUGGUUGCCUAGUAUAGGUGGCCAGGGAGUCCACCCCCCCUCUUCAAACUGUAUAUAUCCUUAAUGUCCUCAAUCCUCAGUAAAUCCAUUCCUGAUUUACAGCACACAUGCAAAUUUAAGUUAUGUAUUGUUUUGCUCCUUUUUUAGAGAAAAGCAGAAUGGUUUGAUUUCCUCACAGCAUUUUAUGCACGAAUCAUGCCCACCACUAGCACCACUGAUGUAAUGAGGCAAAGUUACCACAGUGUCCGACAUCAUCUCUUGUGCCGACCAACUCUCAUCAUUUUACUUUUGUUGUGUUGAUAUGUUUAUUAAGUAAAUGAAAAUGUAAAUACAUAUACCUCAGUGUAUCAAAAUUUGCUAGCUGUCUAUAAACAGCUUUUAUUUAAAAAAUUACACACUUUUGUUGCAGAACAAAGUUAAAAAUAUUUUUACUUUAAUUAAUCGAUUCUUAAAAACCUACAAAGAACUUAUAAUUGAUUCUUGUUGGAUGAGUAUUGUACUAUAUCCCCCUUCACAGCAUUCAUCAGUUCAGGUCAGGUUAUUAUUACAUAAAACUAACCAAAAGCCCAUACUUUUGCUAGGGUGAUUUUUUACAUUCUACCUCCCCCCCCCCCUGCCAAAAAUAGCAGCUCCUGAAAGUAUUAAAUGACCUCUGUUUUCCAAGUGUUACU